ACAUACAGUCACAUUGUCUGCAGAGUCUGACUUCACGUCAAGAUGAACGAGCCACAAUGCUUCUACCUGCUUGUCUACAUGGCGUUGGCAGCUGCAGCCAUCCCAGUUUCUUCAGCCUUCAACAUUGACACGGCAAACCAUUCGAUCAAAGUUCAUCGUGGAGAGCCAAAAGAUUUCUUUGGAUACAAAGUGCUUCAGUACAUGUCACCCAGAAACAAAGGGAUAAUCGUCACCGCACCACUGCGGCUUAAUGGAUCGGGGGGAAUAUUCAAGCUUGACCAAGAUCAACCUAGAAAGUGGUUCCAGCCUAAUGAUUCGUCUCAGACAGAUCCAUAUUUAGCCAAGCAUCUCGGCUUGUCAGUAGCUGCAGAUUCUACAGGUUCCCGGUUUAUUGCUUGUAGUCCACAUUUUGCUCAUCCAUGCGACGAGAACGUCUACCUGAACAGUUUGUGUUAUAACAUCACAGAUGAGUUUCAGCAGCUGUCUUCUUUUAAACCUUUGUUCCAAAAAUGUACACCAAAAAAAGUAAACCUUGUGUUUCUGUUUGAUGGAUCUGAGAGUAUGACUGGACAGGAAUUUGACCAAAAUAAAAUAUUCAUAACAGGAAUGAUGAACAGCUUAAAAAACACAUCUAUUGAGUUUGCAGCAGUUCAGUUCUCUACAAAGCCCAGGAAAGUGUUUGACUUUAAUGACUAUGUUGCUGGUACUGCUCUAAGGAAACUUGAAAAAGAGGUGCAUAUGAGGAAUCUGACCAACACACACGAAGCCCUCAACUUUACACUGUCACAGAUCCUGGAAAACCAAACAGCAGGAGCCACAAAAGAUGCAACUAAAGCUGUGGUGAUAAUCACAGAUGGAAAUCCAAGUGAUCGUGAUGUAAAUUAUAAGAGUAUUGAAACCUAUGAACGUAAAAAGAUAAUUCGAGUUGUCAUUGGGGUCAAAAUUGAAGACUUCACCAAAUUGGAAAGUAUUGCAUCACACCCAAAAGACAAAAAUAUCUUUAAGAUUGAUGAGUAUAGCGGACUCAAAGGAAUACUGGAAAGCUUUCAAAAACAGAUCUUUACUAUAGAAGGAUUCAAUGUGACUCGAGCUGGAGAACUGACUAAUGAAAUGUCCCAAAGUGGAUUCAGUGCUGUUUCAUACAAGGACACCUUGAUUCUGGGCUCGGUGGGAUCAAAUAGCUGGCGUGGGGCUCUAAGUGAACCUCAAAAACAUAAUAAAACGAUUUUCGACCCAGAUAUGCAACGAGACUCCUACAUGGGAUACUCUCUUUCUGUUGGAGAGAGGAACGGCGAUCCUCUAUAUUUCACAGGUGCACCACGUUUCAACCACACGGGACUGGUCGUAGUUUUCAAACCUGAUGGCAAUGAGUCGAAAGCAGCCAAAAGAAUAAUGGGGGAGCAGGUUGGUUCCUAUUUUGGGGCAGAGCUGUGCUCUGUAGACAUUGAUUCAGACGGUAACACUGAUUUCCUGUUGGUUGGAGGGCCACUGUUUUACCUGGCCGAGGAAAGAAAAGAAGGAAUGGUCUACAUCUACUCUAUAAAUGAUGAGAUGGAACUAAAAAGGGAGCUUCAAGUGCGAGCACCAUCAAUGGGUAGAUUCGGCACCACCAUAGCCAGUCUUUCAGAUCUGAAUGGAGAUGGUCUCCGAGAUGUUGCAGUGGGAGCCCCCCUGGAGGAGGAUAACACAGGGGCUGUUUACAUCUACCUUGGACAAAGAGACACAGGGAUGCGCAACAGUUCCAGCCAGAGAAUCACAGGAGCAGAAUUCCCUCCUGGGUUGAGGUUCUUUGGUCAGUCCAUCAAUGGAGAUAUUGAUCUUGGAGAUGAUAGCCUGCCAGAUAUUGUGGUGGGAUCACAAGGUGCUGUGGUUGUCUUAAGAUCCAAGCCUGUAAUAGAUGUCAUGGCUCAGCUGUCAUAUUAUCCGAACGUCAUAAGCAUUCAGAAUAUUAACUGCUUGGAGAAGAACAAAACUUGGUUACCAAUGGUUGAUGCAGAAGCUUGCUUUGAAAUGGUAGAAGCAACUAACAGCACAGCAGGGCCAGGUAUCAACAUCUCAGUGAUGCUCAAUGUGGAUCCAAUGAGGCAAACACAUCGAGGUUUCUUCGAUAAAACUGAAAAGAAUAGCAGGAGUAUAACAUAUAUGUAUGAACUGACUGAGAAGAAAACUUGCUAUAACUAUUCUAUAUACAUGGAGAAAUGUGUAAGAGACACAUUAUCUCCUGUCAGCAUCAAAUUAAACUUUUCCCAAGCUGACAGCGAGGAGGCAAGGGCCAUUCUGAACGUGGACAGCAAAAGACUGGCUGUGGUUGAGGUUCCUUUUGAGAAACAUUGUAAUAAAGAAAUCUGCAUUGCUGAUCUUGAAGUGAAAUUUAAGUUUACGUCUGAGGUGUUGUUGGUGACAGAAAAUAACCGCUUUAGCGUGUUGAUAGACCUGAGUAACAAUGCUGAUGACUCAUACAACACCAACCUGACAAUGCACUACCCUCCAGGCCUCUCCUUCUCAAAGAUGGAGCUAAAAGGGCCCAAGAAGCUAACUCAUCUCUGCACUGAUCUCGAAGAUGUGCUUGACAAAACCGUUUGUGGCAUCAGCCUUCCUGUGUUUCGCAGCAAAACCUCUGUCACGUUCAACACUACUUUUCGUGUUUCCAAAGAUUUCGAGUGGAAUGACACAAUGUUGAUGAAAGUGUCUGCAAAUAGUGAAAAUUCAAACUCCAGCCAAACACAUUCUGUGACCAAGGGUAUUCCUGUAAAAUAUUCAGUCGGAAUGGUAGUAACAGUAAAUGACACAACUCCCAAUUAUCUGUUCUUUACUCCAAAAAAACAUGCACCACAAGGGAUGACUGUUAUUUAUAAAAUAGACAACAUUGGUUUUAAGGAUUUUCCCAUCAAUGUGUCCCUGUUCUUCCCAAUUAAACUGGAACACAACUUUGAAAUGGAAAACUAUAAAGUUAUUGUUGAGCAGAACAAAACUCGGUGCUCAGUUGUUUCCAUCGAAAAAUCUAAGGACUGCCCUCUGAAACAAGACUGCGUUGCCAUAAAAUGUGAUACUUUUACUUUGAGGAAUUAUUCGGGUGUUCAGUUUAUGCUGGUGGGAGAUGUGCAUUUCCGAAAUCUAAAAAACCAUGCAUCGAAUUUGCCCUUUCUGAAACGAUAUACUGGAGACAGCGGAGAGGUCAAUUUUAUGAGUUUUCUAAAAGUUGACUUUGACGAUGGUAAAUACAUGCUGGCUUCUCACAAAACUGAGAACCCUACAGACAACAACAAAGUAAAGAAAUCGUGUAAAGUUCUGGUUGAGUUCAUAGUGCCUCCAAAUGAUCCACUGAUCAUUGGGACUGGAGUAGCACUGGGAGUUAUACUUCUGAUCAUAAUCACAGUCAUCAUGUGGAAGUGUGGCUGCUUCAAGAGGAAAACCCCUCAGGAUUACCAGGAACAACAGGAUAAUGUCUCUGUUCAGCAUGGAUGCCCAUCUGACUCAUCGCAUAAUAAAUCUGAGCAAGUUGAAGAGGAAAAAAUACCUCUAAGUGAAGACAAGGGUACAAGCUGCCCACCAGUUACUUCCGAAUGAGACCAUGGAAAACUGGAUCAUUUGGGCUGAACCAAUUUAAACGUGGAGGAAGUUGGGAUUAAAAUUUAGCAAGUAUUUCUAAUAUGUACAGUUUUUUUCUUAGUUAAAAAAAAGUUAAAUGAGAAUCAACAACUUAGUAAAUUUGUCUGACUUGCAACAACUGAUCAGAUUUAUUGGAGUCAAAAAACAGCAGAACAAAUGCACAAGUUUGUACCACUGUAUAAAAUAUAAUUUUAGGCAUGGUUCUGCUUUGGCAGCAUUUUCUAGCAACCAGGGUGGUUUUCUGGAGCCAUUCUUUACUCCUCUUCAUUUCCACUGCAUCGGCUCGGUUAAAAAGAGAUUGCCUGAGUAGAAAUGAACCCCAGAAACCAGUACCAGAAGGGAGGUGGUGCCAUUACAUUGAACCUUUGGGGUGGAGCUUUGUAGAAGGAGGAUGCUGGGCAUUUUUGAAUGCAGGAAUAUUCUCAGCUUUAUAGUUCAGCCUCCAGGUUUAAAACCCUGUAGCUCAUAUUUUCCUGUUAUGUUAUUGGUAAUGCACUUUAAAUCAAGGGAUUCUGUUUUUGGUCCUCUGUAAGAGACAGAGGGGGGAAGUGCUGUAGUAAAAGUAACAUUUUAGUGUUUUGAUUUGCUUAUGUUUGUAUAUUUUUUAAGCAUUUAGAUGUGGAUCAUUGUGCUGCAUGCAUGUGAAG